GAACAAUCUUAUACUCUUGUACAGAUACUAACGUGUUCUGCGUAACAUUCUUUUGGUGUUUAUUGUAGUUGUUCUGACGGGAUUCAAUUUACAAGGGCACUGCGUUCAGAUCUCUAAGUGAAUCGAUUGUUGGAUCACCAAGGCCUGAGAUUAGUAUAUCAAACUAUUUUCAUAAUAGACCCAUCUCUGAGCGAUGGCUUCUACCAUGCAGCUUCCUCGCAUUGGGACUCCCUUCCAAGAAAUGCAAAGAUUUCAGAGCUGCAGAUAUGCGGGAUUCUCCGGCAGAUGUCAGUCACACAGGCCGAUGCAUGCAAGGUGCAGUGCACAGACGACCCCAGCUGCAGCCACACCGAAAGUGGACCCCUUUGCACAGAAGGAGACCUACAAUGACUCUCCCCUGGACAAGUUCAUGGUCUCGUAUUUUGCGGGCAGGAUGUCACAGCAGCUUGGCGGGAGGGAGUAUGUACCAGGGUACGAGGGAUUUGUGGAGCUGUCCAGGGAGAUGAUGAAGGGGCGGAACUCGAAGCAGCAGCAGCAGGCUGUGUCAGGCGUGCUGGGAUCCCUUAUGCCUCCUCAGGCUUCCGAGCGAUUCAGGAAAUGGUUUCCUGUAAGCAAGUGGUCAGCAGAGACGAAUGCGCUGAUAACAGUGCUGGGGUUCAAGUGGCUGGUGGGGCCGCUAGAAACAAAGGAGGUCGAAGUGGAGUUUGAGGGAGAGAAGCAGAAGUGGAAGAGCGGCGUGCAGAUCAAAAAGUGUCGAUACCUGGAACAGAGCGGGUGCAUAGGAAUGUGUGUCAACAUGUGUAAGAUCCCAACAGAGGACUUCUUCACCAAUCAGUUUGGCCUUCCGCUGACCAUGAACCCAAAUUUUGAGGACCUGUCCUGCGAGAUGAUCUUUGGGCAGAAGGCGCCGCCGAUUGAGCAAGACCCACUGUACAACCAGCCAUGCUUUGCGCACGAGUGCACGCUGGCAGAGAAGGAGCCGGUGCCGUGCCCGAAGAUAGACACAGAUCGGCACAGGAAGAAAUUACCCACGUUUGCAGGCUGAUGGCUCUUGGGCUUAUACUCAUGUCCUCAAGAUCACCAACAUCGUUCAGAUGAACAACUCAUUGGUAUCAUUUUGGACAUUUUUGAAGCCUUAUGGCUGAUAGUCACAUUGACUUUCACGCCCACAUUUUGAACGCUGCCAUUAGGCAAUGCGUUGUAACCUAAAAACAUCUGUUGUUUUGGCUCAGUGCUAGCUAUGCUUGCCGGCCCUGAUAGUAAGCACACCGUGGCAUGUUGAAAGACAUCAUAGUCAGCACACCGUGGCAUGUUGGAAGACAUCACUUUCUGCCUCUCUCACCAAUGCCGCUAAACCUGAACACCACUGAAUAAGUGCACGAACCUGUCACCCAGGUCUCAUGGCAUUCGCAUUCUGGACAGUGCCGAUAGGAUCAAUCCUGCUCAUCAUCUGGUGUACUUGAGAACACGCCGAGAAAGGACUUUGCCUGUGCUGAGUCAUUUACAGGCCUAGGCCACGGCAGUGCUCUGCAAAGCAGUGGCGAUCGCGACAGGUCAUCUGGACAGCCCAAACAUGCCAAAGUAGCUGUUGGAGCGUUUGAGCCUUCUGCGCUCCUCCUCUUCCUCAGACACCUGCACCUGGCCCAGCACUGUGGCCAGCUGUGCAUCUGUCUGGACACUGCGCUCCUUCAGCCAGAUGAUCUCCCUUUGAAGGUCCUCAAAUCGCUGUGCCAGCCACCGCUUGUCAGCCAGAUCCUUCUCCUGGAAGGCCUUCUCUUUGGCUGCCUUUUCCAGGUCUUUGCCCUUCUGCCGCUCAUACUCCCAGCCCACUAUCAAGAUGGCAACCCCCCAGACAAAGGCCUCGCUGACGACUUUUCCAGCAAGAUCCAUGGCGUUCUCUUCGCUCAGAUUUCCUACAAAGACUUUGCCUGACUUUCCCUCGGCUCCUCUGUUGACCCUGACAUCCAGUCUGUGGAGGGCCUGUGCCAGCUCUAUGACUGGCUUCCGCAGCUUGGGAUGCUGCAGGACAUAGUUCUGCACACGGGCUGCCAGGGGUUUUGAGACUGUCCGUAUCGUCAAAGUGAACACUUUGAAGAUGAAGGCGGCCAUUCUUCAUACAAACAAGGGCAGAGGUGGUCUGAGCAAAUACAAGGGGGCCCAGCUUGGACCCCCUUCGGACACCUCUGGCGUUGAGAAAGUCCGAUUACUGUGCACUCUAAGAGAUCAAAAGAGAGUAUUUGCUUUCCAUGGCACGCUCGAUCAAGUGUCAACUUGUUCUAUUAAACGUAAAAAAGUACGCUUUCCGUUUCUAUCGCAUCAACCUCUCUAUGUCCUUUCCUUGUUAAACUUUCCUUUUCGGAUUCCGAUCUCCUCGAUU